AUGUCCGAGAAGCUCCAGGUCGCCGUCGCCGGCAUUGGUCGCAUGGGAAUGCGCCAUGCCCGCCACUUCGCUACCCUCACCCCCCGCGCCGAGUUGAUUGCCGCCGAGCUCGACGCCGCGAAGAAGGAAUUCGUCAAUGUCCGCACGUACAAAGACUACGAGCAGAUGCUGGCGCAGGAGAAGACCCUGCAGGCCGUCGUCGUCGCCAGCGCUACCACCGUUCAUGCCGAACAAGCCAUCAAGGCCAUCGAGCGCGGUCUACACGUCCUGUGCGAGAAGCCGAUCAGCACCAGCCCUGAAAUCUCCCAAUCCGUCGUCGACGCCUACAACACCUCCAUCAAGAAAUUCCCCAACCAAAAAGUAAUCUGCGGCUUCUCACGCCGCUUCGACGCCUCCUACCGCGACGCCCACCGCCGCAUGGCAAACGGCGACAUCGGCACGCCCUCCGUCUUCCGCAGUCAGACCUGCGACAAGCUCGAUCCCAGCGGCUUCUUCGUCGCCUACGCCGAGUUCUCCGGCGGUAUCUUCGUAGACUGCUCCAUCCACGACAUCGAUUUGGCGCUUUGGUUCUUCGGCGAGAACAGCAAGGUUAAGAGCGUGACUGCUAUUGGAAUUACGGCCGUGCAGCCUGAUUUGCGCAAGCAUAAUGAUCGGGAUAAUGCGCUGGGUAUUAUUGAGUUUUACGGCGGUAAAAUCGCCCAACUCUACUGCUCCCGCAUGAUGGCCGCGGGACAAGAAGACUGUACCGAAAUCUUCGGCACAAACGGCAAAGUCGCGAUCAACACGCAGCCCCAGCUGAAUCUCGUCAACCUGUACGAGCCGACCGGUAUCCGCCGUGAGAUUCCCUCUGAUUACUACGGGAGGUUCCGGGAGGCGUUCAUCACCGAGGCGAAUGAGUUUACUGCUUCUUGUCUGGAUAACACACCUCCUCCGCUGCGUCUUGAUUCCGCGGUGCGUGCUGUUACGAUCGGCUGUGCGCUGCAGGAGUCGCUUAUUACGGGGAAGAAGAUUGAGUUUGAUGAGAGUGGGAAGAGGGUUGAGGCAUCGAAGCUGUAA